AUGUCAACCGCAGCUUGCCAGUUCGUCUCCCAUUUCGACGGUAUUGAUGGCUUGAAGAAGGUCGAAGCACAGGUUUCACCACCCGGGUCUGGCGAGGUUCUGGUAGAAAUCCACAGCGUGUCUCUCAACUACCGUGAUAUGGAAGUGAUUCGUGGAGAAUACAACCACCAUCGGGCAAUUGGCCAGGGCCCAAACAUUGUACCCUGCUCAGACAUGUGCGGUGUGGUGAAGAAUGUAGGCCAAGAUGUCACAAAGUGGAAGGUUGGAGAUCGCGUUCUUUCAACAUUCAUCCCGGACCACCAAACUGGCCAACUCACCGAGUCAGCUGUCUCCAAGGGAGUUGGACUCCCAUUGCCUGGGGUUCUCGCUACUCAUCGCAUAUUCGCGGACUAUGCCUUGAUCAAGGCUCCUGAACACAUGUCCGACCAGGAAGCAAGCACACUCACAAUCGCCAGCGUUACGGCAUGGAUGGGAAUCAAUGGGAUGCGCCCUCUGGGACAGAACGGCGGUCAAGAUGAAUAUGUCUUACUCCAGGGUACUGGUGGUGUUGGAAUUGCUGCUCUUCAAAUUGCAAAGGCAUCUGGCGCAAAAGGUGCAUCACCACCCGUUUGGGCUUCGUGUUUGGGCUUCGUGAAUCCAAACAGCUUGGGGCAGACUUUCGAAUCAACUAUCGCAAAGGCCCCGGACUGGGAGAAGUCCGUUAUGGAUGUGACAAAGGGCCAUGGUGCAGACAUCAUCUUAGAGACUGGUGGUGCCGAGACCAUUCUCAAGAGUUUCCAGUGUGCUGCGUACGGCGGUCUUAUAAAUUGCAUUGGAUAUACUUCCGGCAAAGGAAGCACCACUGGCGAUCAACCGAAUAUCAAUCUUUUGACUCUGAGCAAGACUCUCACUCUGAAGGGGAUCAUCAACGGCCCGACUGACCGAUUCGAAGAGAUGGUGAAAUUCUACGAGAAGCAUGAGAUCCACCCGGUUGUCAAUCGAGUGUUUACGUGGUCAUUCAGGUCCAUCAAUAGAUUGCAUCUGCAACCAUACAUUUUGAUCCCAUGGCUGGUGUCUGACCUCAAUUCAUUCAUGUGUUCACCCCCAGUCAACGUGGCGUUGGCAGCACAGGCCAAUGAAAAGCAACCUUGUACCAUAGUAUACUUGUACCAUGUUGCAAUUGAAUUCAGUUUUAGACUAGAGAUGCUGCUCUAUAUAAGAAUCUUCCGAGUUCCCCCGUGCUCUUAG